UCUUCUCUUUUGAACAUUUUCCCUCCUGUUUUUCCCACCACGAUUCAAAAUGAGCGUAGAAAUUUUGGACAGUGCCACCAUUGUCAACUUUGUGGAAGAUGACGAAGUUUUUGGUGCAAUAGUUCGAGAGCGUUUCAGUCACCUUGAUAUCGAUGGAGAUGGGGUUCUUUCUUAUGAAGAGAUGUUAAGGGAGUUGCAAAGUCUUAGGGUGUUCGAAACGCACUUUGGAAUCGAUGUGAAACCUGACCCGGACGAACUCUCUUCUGUUUAUGGCUCGUUAUUUCUGCAAUUUGAUCGAGACUGCGAUGGGAAAGUUGAUGUUGGUGAGUUCAUGGAAGAAACCAAGAAGAUGAUGGUGGCAAUGGCGAAUGGAAUAGGGUUUUCGCCGGUUCAAAUGGUGUUGGAAGAGAAUAGUUUUUUGAAGAAAGCGGUGGAGAGAGAAUCCACCAAAGUUGGUGCUUAAUUCAAAGUACUCUUUGAUGAUUAUGUUAAACAUUGCAUUGUUGUGUAUUAUGUAAUUGUGUUUAAUUUUGAAUUUCAUUGAAAUUUUGAAUUAGAGAGUUUACUUA